CACCAGUGACCCUUACUGUAUCAUCAAAGUGGACAACGAGGUGGUGGCCAGGACUGCAACCGUGUGGAAAAAUCUGAACCCUUUUUGGGGAGAAGAAUAUACCCUGCACCUGCCCAUGGGGUUCCACAACCUCUCUUUUUAUAUGCUUGAUGAAGAUACUAUUGGGCACGAUGAUGUCAUUGGCAAAGUCUCCCUCAGCAAAGAGUACAUCUCAUCCCACCCACGGGGUAUCGACAGCUGGAUCAACUUGAGCCACGUGGACCCCAACGAGGAGGUGCAGGGCGAGAUCUCUUUGGAGCUUCAGGUGUUGAAGGAGGCCCACAGACGGGUGCUUUGCUGCCACAUCAUUGAAGCCAGAGAUCUUGCACCACGGGAUAUUUCAGGCACCUCAGACCCCUUUGCUCGUGUGCUAUGGAAUGGGCAGGUCCUGGAAACAACUAUUAUCAAGAAAACCCGUUUUCCACACUGGGAUGAGGUACUGGAGUUCGUACUGGAAGAGGAUACUGUUGGAGCAGCUCCCCUUGCUGUGGAAGUCUGGGACUGGGAUAUGGUGGGCAAGAAUGACUUCCUGGGACGGGUCGAGUUCUCUUUGGAUGCCUUGCUGAAAGCCCCUCUCAGAGGCUGGUACCGCCUGCUGCCCUUUCCCAGCACAGAGGAGGAUGCCGGGGGAAAGCUGGGGGCCCUGAGGCUGCGAGUCCGUCUUGCUGAGGAUAGGAUCCUGCCCUCCCGGUACUACCAACCACUCAUAGACCUGCUGGUGGAAUCCAUCUUGUGCUUGCCAGAGGAGAAAGACGAUGUCACACCCCUGGCUGUGCUGGAAGAGGUAUGUUCCGUGGAGAGUCGUCAAGAUGUGGCCACCAAACUAGUCAAGAUCUUCCUUGGGCAAGGUCUGGUAGUACCCUUUUUGGACUACCUGAAUCUCCACGAAGUUUCCAGAACCACGGAUCCAAACACACUCUUUCGCUCGAACUCACUGGCCUCCAAAUCCAUGGAGCAAUUCAUGAAGGUGGUGGGGAUGCCCUAUCUUCAUGAGGUGCUAAAGCUCAUCGUUAACCGAAUCUUCGAGGAGAAGAAAUAUGUUGAACUAGAUCCCUGCAAGAUCGACCCAAACCGGACCAGGCGAAUCUCCUUCAAAGGCUCCCUGUCCGAGGCUCAGAUACGAGACAGUAGUUUGGAGGUGCUAAAGGGAUACCUGCGGGACAUCAUUGAGUCCAUUGUGGGCUCAACAGAGAAGUGUCCCCACACCAUGAGGGUGGCUUUCAAGAAGCUACAUGGGCGUGUUGAGGAACGCUUCCCAGACAUGGAGAAUCAGGAUGCCAAAUACAUCGCCAUCAGUGGGUUCCUCUUCCUCCGAUUCUUCGCUCCCUCCAUUCUGACCCCAAAGCUGUUCAACCUCCAAGACCAGCAUGCAGACACCCAGACCAGUCGCACCCUGUUGCUUUUGGCAAAGGCAGUGCAAAGCAUCGGCAACUUGGGUCUGCAACUGGGCCGUGGCAAGGAGCAAUGGAUGGAGCCUCUGCACCCCUUCAUCCUUUCCAGCAUUGGACAAGUCAAGGACUUCCUGGACAGGCUCAUUGAUGUGGACACUGAAAACGAAGCAAGCGAGAACCAGUCAUGGACACCCUUCCACCCUUCUGCCACUAUCAAGGAAGGCUACCUACAAAAACGUAAGGCUGAAGGCCUCCACUUGAUCUCACGGUUCACCUUCAAGAAACGCUAUUUCUGGCUCAGCAACAAGACUCUGUCCUACUCCAGAUCACCUGAGUGGCAGGUGCACACCUCUAUCCCUGUCCGAAGGAUCUGUGCAGUGGAGCGGGUGGAUGAAAAUGCUUUCCAGCAGUCACACAUGAUGCAGGUUACAACUCGUGACAAUGGCGGGCAAUUAUCUACCAUGUACAUCCUGUGUAAGAACGUCAACGAGCUGAACCAGUGGCUCUCCGCCGUCCGGAAAGCAACCAUCUCUAACGAAUGCAUGCUGCCCUUCUGCCACCCGGGAGCCUUCCGUGGCAAUCGCUGGACUUGUUGUUUACAAACUGACCGCACGGUACGUGGCUGCAGCCGCACCCAUUCUGCCGUGACCCUCGGCGACUGGAGCGACCCUCUGGACCCAGACACCGAGGCCCAGAUGGUGUACAGGCAACUUCUGCUGGGCAGAGACAAGCUCAGGGAGAAAUGUCUGGAAUUUACAAGCAAGGAGACUACGCUGGAACAAGACAGAGGAACUCAGAAAGACCCCAACAGCCGGCAGAUGGCAGCAGCGGCCCGCUUGCUAGAAGUCAUCCAGGAUUUGGAGCAGGCCCACAAGGCCUUUGAGCACCGAGAAGAGGACGAGAGAGCCUCAGCUAGCCCAGCCCCUCAGCUCUGAGUAGCCGCCUCUGUUUGGGACCCAACUUGUCUUUACUCCGUAAUGUGAUGACAUGUGAAUGUUUGUCGGGGCGGGGCUGGGAGACAUCCUCUGUGUUUGUGGGCUCACCUAAUUUUUGCUUUGGAGGGAGAGAGGAGGUACCUGGGAGAAGCUGCAAAAAUCUCUUACCCUGGUGACUGCACCAGUUUGUGUCCUGCUGCGGUGAUCUGACCAAAGCUCGGAUGGAUCCCACAUGAAGAAGGUUCCUGAGGGGGCUCUUCUUUCCCUGCAGGUCUCCUUGCUUGCUUAGGUAAAUGCAGGUAAAUGCAUACAAGGCAGGUAAAUGCAUACAAAGUCGUGUGCGCUCCAUGAUUCUCUGCGGGUCCGGAACAUGGCACUGGCACACAAAAAGAGCACAAGUUUUUGAGUCCCACUCUUGCAAAGUUGUGUAGGCGAUGCUUGGCUGCAUCUCAAGGAGUCGGUGAGUUUGACAGGUCAAAAGGUGACACGUUGAGGUCCUCUCAUAGCUUUCCUUCUUCCUGCCUACAAGUAGCAAACAUUGCAGUGCAAAGUGUGUGGAAUAAGAACCACUGUGCAUAUAGAGAUCCUAUUAUUGGGGAGGAGGGAACUAGAUUUGCUAGAAGGUAUGUUUUAACUUUAAAAGCCUGCAGCCCUACUUAAGCCUUUUGUCCACAUUACACAGUGCCACCUUCCUGUUUGCCAGUCAAUCUAGCCAAUCAAGGGCUGUCCACAUAGGGUUUUUAUGCAUGCAAGGUGUUCCUUAAGGCUGUGUACUUUGCAGUGGGUUUUCCCAAUGUUUUUUUGUUUGAACGAGAUUCUCAUACUGUGAAGUGUCCACAGCCAAACCGAUCCACCAUUUGACCUGCCCCCUACUUUCUUGUUCUGUCUGACUGGGAGAAAUUGCUUUUGUGCAUCCGGGAAAAGCAAGAAGGAGCGAGGAUACCCAAAGGAAGCGAAACUCAUACUGAUUCCCCUCACUUUCCCUUUGGUUUCCCCUGAAAAGCUGCACCUUAACCAGUCUUGGAAACCUUCGGGAGAGUCUAAAAAGGAAACAUAUGUGUAACUAAGAAUUCAACCUGAAGGGAAUGCAUGCGGAGCAAGAAGAAGACCAAACAUGCGUAAUGGUUCAUAGUCUGGGCUUGAGCAGUGGGGCUACGCCUGAAUACAGCAGAGGAGGAAGCCAUGGCAGGAUGUCUUUGGCUGUCUUUGUCUCAACCAUGAACCAAGCUGUAGACCAUGCUGUGGAGCGGUGUCUGACUGCUCCAUGGCCGGAUCUCCCAGCUUCUCUCUGCCAAAGGCUCAUGAACCAAAGAAGCAACAACCAUCUCCAUCUGCUGAAGCGUUGUAAGAAAUUUUAACUUAGGUAUGUACUUCUUCCCCUCCCCACCUGUACAACGCAGAGUCAUUAAUGUUCGUUAUAUUAUUUGUUUAUUUAUUUGGAUGACUUCAGUGUUGCCUCAGUAGAGCCUGUUCGAGUUGGCUAAAAAAAUUAAAAUACAGUGAAGAUGUAA